GACAGACAGACGGGGAGUCAGCCCGUCGGGGGGGGACAGCUUUCUUAUUUUCCUCUGCUAUGCGAUGGGUGUCGGUUCCAGUUGGGACUUCUUUUGUGCAUUUUGGAGAUAUUUCCUAUAAUGUUGGGGGAGUGAUAUCCGUCUGCCUUGUGCAACUGCAGUGGUGCGCAGCUUCGCCCGGAGAAACACCUGUGCGCCUCUCCUCUCCACCGGCCACAGGCAUGCAUGUUGAGUAGGGAACAGAUAACCCUAAGGCGCGGUGUCUGUCUGCAUUUGUCUGAAAGAACAAGAGAGAGGGAGCAUCACAAAUACCGCACAGCCAGCCAGGCAUCAUGGAAGGAGAAACUUUCCCCCGUUGCAGACUGGUGAAAUGUUAGGACUGAAGAGCCAGUGUGUCAGAUCAAAUCAGCAGACUGUUUACCAUACGGGGGGCAAUAAGAGCUGCUUGACACUAGACUCCCUGACGCCCUGUUUUUGGUUUAAGGCCAUCACGAUCAAGAACAGACUUGUUGACUAAUCUUUCAUCAGCAUUUCCCGACCAACCCCCAUCAGAUUCAGCAAUCCAGAAACGAGCCGAGAUGGAGUGGUCACUAGAGAAUGUGAGGGAGAUUGUGGCUGGAGGGAUGCAAUCUAUAAGAGAGUGUGAGAUCUGUGCUUUUGCAAUAGCCAUGUGUGUGCUGCUGCUGUUCAUGUGGUAUUGUUACAGAGUGGGCCGCGAGCAUGGCUCCAGCCCUCUGCGUGGGAGGUAUCUGGCUGGGCCCAGCCGAAUAGGAGGGGUGGUGGGGGGCUUCAUGAGUUCAGACUGCCGCGGCAGGGGGAAAGGGAAAAAUGGAUCAAUGCUAGAAGAACAGAACGGCUUCGCCUUCUGCCAGUCGUCCGAGUGCUUCCGAUGCACCAGCGCCGGCGAGAGCCUGAACCAGAGGCUCUAUCACAGCCUGCAGGACUACGCCAAGCGCUACACCUGGUCAGGUAUGGGCAGGGUGCAUAAAGGAGUCCGUGAUCAAGGCCGAUACCUCAACAGCCGACCCACCAUCCAGCGACCAGAGGUCUUCUUCCUCCCAGACCUGCCGUCAGCUCCUUUCUUCUCCAGAGAAGUCCAGAGACACGACGUGGAGCUGCUGGAGCAGAGCUUCCCCGCCCUUCUUGCCGAGUUUGAGAGCAUCUACCAUCAACCUCCAGCCCGCAGCGGCUCCUCCCUGCCACCAGGAUGGAAGGCCAACAACACUCCUCGGGGUCAGUGGUGGACCUACUACCUGGUCAACCAAGGCACCCCUCUGGUUCUUAAUGUCAGGAGGUGUCCGCGGGCCUGGAGGGUGCUGGGCCAGCUGCGCACCUUCAUCGCCAACAACGUGUUUGGAAACGCCUGCUUCUCUGUGCUGACGCCUGGAGCUCUGAUCACUGAGCAUUACGGCCCAACAAAUGUCAGGCUGCGCUGCCACCUGGGUCUUAGAGUGCCCCCUUCCUGUGAGCUUGUAGUUGGUGGAGAGCCACAGUGCUGGUCUGAGGGCAGCUGUCUGCUUUUUGAUGACUCCUUCCUCCACAGGGCCUUCCACGAGGGUGGCGCAGACGACGGCCCUAGGGUGGUCUUCAUGGUGGACCUCUGGCACCCCAACGUGGCCGCUGCUGAGAGACAAGCCUUGGACUACAUUUUUACUCCAGGCCGCUUAGAGGACAAGGAAGGGAAAUAGGUGUGAGUGAGAAACCAUGUCUGACCAAGAGACAUAUGCUGUUUAGGGAAGUGUCUGUAGGAUUGGGGAGCAACUCUUUUUCUGCCUCCAGACCAGCGCUCACAUUCACUGUGUACAUAUUCUCCGUCUCAUACAGUAUCUUUCAUAACACUUCUUAGCAGAUGACCAAACAUUGGGCCUCUUUUAUCAAAAUUUACUAGUAGCACAAUUGUUCAAAUCUUAAAAUGCAGCCAUUUUAUUAAUGUGUAUUAACAUCAUGGCAGGGACAUUUGAGCUUAAUUGUCAUUAUUUAACUUUAAAUAUAUGAAUGCCUAAUUUAUUUGCAUAUGCAGAAUGAUGUGAUUGAACAGUUAAAAAAAUUGCCAAACAAGCAGUUCCCAUUAAAUAUUUUUUUUCCUUAUACAUUUUCCAACUCUGGGCCAAUUCUGGAGCAAAAUAAUUUCCGUAUCAGAUUAUUUUUUCACCUCAGUUUUAUUUUGGUUGCUGCUUGAAACAGUUCAACAGUAGAGGGCAAAGUACUUAAUAGAUUUGAUGAAUAGAUCUUUGCGAGCCAAAAUUAAUGUGUCACCCUCUUGCUGUUAUGCUUCACGGCAUUUAUAGGUCCAUAGGCAACCUGUUCUAUUCGCUAUACAUGAACUGGAGUUGAGUAAGCGUUUAUUGUACCUGAAUACUUCCCAACACUUUAGUGUUUAGUUUAUACAACGUUUAGUGUAAAGAAAGUAUUGGUGGUAUUACUUUACACAUUGAAUGCAAGUUAUUUUAAACUUACUGUACCACCUUCAUACAUUUCCCCCAAGGGCUAAAAAAAAAAGAUCAUUCAACUUUUUAUAUUACUCAACAUAUUCAGUAAAAUUUAAGACGCACAUGUUGACUUGAACCAAAACAUAAUUGUCAGUGGAUUUGCACAAUUUUCAUUUCAAAAACACCCACUUUCAAAUGUGGAACACACUUUUGAACACACUUUUGCCUCACUUGCUUGCCGAAUGGUGACUUAUUUCCAGUGAUUAUAGUGCUUAUUUACAUCCAAUCACAGCCAAGGUAAAGCUAAAGCUAAGAGACAUUUGCGUCCGUGCAGGAUCUUCUGUUCAAAAGGCUGUUGUACACAUUGAACUAGAUAACAAAAAUUUGGAGUUGCAUAGUGGCUCUACUAAUACUGAUUAAUGAUGAAUACAUAAAAUUCAAAGAUAUGUAAACUAAAUUAUUUCAGUGCUAUGUCGGUUUGAUAAUAACUAAAGAGAGUAUUAAUGAAAAUGAAGGCAUUUCUCAUGUCACCGAUCUUAUCUGUAUGUGUUUUGAUAGAUAUGUGAUAACGGAGGUCCAAUGUUUAUCAUGACAUGAAUGUUUACAGACGCAGCUAAUGUCUCUGUCAUGAAUCCUGCCGAUGUGGUGGUUAAUUGUGCUCCCCUCUGAAAAAAUCAAUCCUGCUUUCAAAGACAUGGUUAGAUAAGCACAUUUUAGGUCAAUUUGUGUGAGAGUGGGCCUGUGCUGUAACACUGGAGGUGAAGCGUUUUUGGUAAAUUUACUAAACCCUUGUAAUUUGGUUGUAUUUGAUAUCAGGUUUGUAUUUCUGUAAAUAGGGUUGAGGUAAAAACAAAAGAACAAAAAAAAACUGAAAGGUCUGACGUGAUCUACGCUGAUUGUCUUCAAUGCUAUAACUAUUGUGUUGUCUUGAUUUACAGCUAAAGCGAUCACAUUUCAUUCUCCGUUCCAUGAAAUCAUUUUUUGAUUGUAGAUUCUGUAAAAUGCUUGAAAAUGGAGUACUAUCUUUGUUGUUACGUGACAUAUUUAUUUUGAAUCACUUUGUAAUUUUGCAGCACCAUAUGGUAUCCAUUAUUAAAGCCACAAUCCUUAAUUCUUCAACAGCACUACAUGAAUAGAUGUGCACAAAUGGUUGUGAGAAUUUAACCUCAGCAGCUUUACAGGUCCAUCACAAUCAAAGAUACCCAUCUAUUUAAAUAUAAUGUUUACAAAAUGAUUUACAAGCUGUUUACAACAUCGGCCAACACCGACACUCACAUUGAGCUGUCCAUAAUUAGGUUUAAAAUCAAGAGUGCCGUUAAUCCACUUAAAAGUAUGAAAACUGUUGUUCCCAAAGCAUUGCUUCACAUAUAUACAAUAUAUGACCGGGCUACCAUUUUGUUUACAUUAGGAUUAAGGAUUUGUCCUUUAACGCAUUCUUGUGUGGUUUUUGAACAGUAUUUCUGUACAUUUAAUAAAUG